AUGUUUUUCACUCUGUUGAGACAAAAAAAAAGUGACAAAGCAAUCUCCGUUACCAAUUUACGUUAUAAACAAAAAAGAAUAAAUACAACAAACCUUUCAUCGAUAAAUAUAAUGGCUGAUUUCAUGGAUACAUCGCCAUCUCCUGGGGAUCAAUCAUCUUCAGAAAAUAAUUCUACAAUGCAAACAAUUCCUAAUGAUCCGUCCGCUUGGACUUUAUCUGAUGUAAUAGUUUGGCUUCGAAGUUGCAAUCUCGAGCAAUGUGUAUCUGCUUUUGAAGCAAAUGAAGUGGAUGGGAGCACCUUGAUGAGUGAGGAUUUCGAUGCGGCCAUGAUUAAAGAACUAAUACCGACCCUGAAGCAUCGAGUAACAUUUAUUAGUGCCAGAAAGAAUCUACGUGUCAAAUCAGUGGUGAAACCGACUGGUCAAAAUCUACUAACGGCGCACAACAACGGAGAUGCCAAGCAAUUUGAAGAAGCGACCGAAGUUAUGUCAACUAGUUGUGUUCCAAAGUUUAAUCAAGAUCGAAAUUAUCAUCUUGUUCGUACGGAUACAAAAGCUUGCUGCCAGUGGGAAAAUUCUGGAAAAGAAAUCGUUCGAUUGGAUGCUGAAUCGAUGCUUCAACCUCGACACACUACUCAUUCCUUAUCAGUUUCAAACCAACUGAGUACUGAAACUUUGAAUCUUCUGACAAAAUUAUUUCACUAUAUACAUGCGGUACCAACAAGUAAUGAACUUGAUAUUGAUUUCAACAGUAUCAUUGACGAACCGCUCAAUAGCACGAUUGUUUUGAAGUGCAUUUCUAAUCAUCAAUCGUUGAAAUCUUACAUUGUUGACAGUCUCAAGCGUUAUCACAAUUUAUCUGAUGUUAUUCAAGUACUCUCAUCAGUUAUCGAUUUACCAGCAGUUGAUAAAACUUACAGCACAUUUGCUGAUAUUAUUGAAAAAAUAACAAAAUCCUUACUCCUUGUAUGCACAAUCGAAUCCAUGUCUUACGAAAGUCAGCGAUUCUUUGGGAAUAUGAUUAAAAAAAAUGAUUUACCGAUACCGCUGACUUACUAUACCUAUCAACAAAAUGAAGUACGGUUCAAAAUCAAUUUUAAUCCACUUGUGGAGACAUUUUGUUAUUCGAACGAGAAGAUUUUGUUAUGCUUAGGUAGUCCUACAGCUGUUGGACUCGGUAAAACAAGUAUUCUCCCGUAUUUGUUUGAAAAUAUCAAGAGCGAGUCAUUGAAUACGGAAGGAAAUGCUGAACUGCGCUAUGGUUGUGUAGACACAAUGUUCACGACUUUGAAGAAAAACGAUCCGUAUGUGGUGUUUGAUGUGCAUGGAACUAUGAACACAAUGAAUGAAGACUUAAUCACGUCUCUUCAACAGUAUUGUGCUAUUCAAAUUAUUUUUCUAACGGCUGAUGAUUUACAAAAUGGAGAUUUUAUUCGAAAGAUUAUGAAUUAUUCGACUGAAAUACGAAAUAAACCAACAAUUUUUAUUACGUUUGAUCAUCAUUAUGGAGAGAAGAACACUUCAAGUUGUGGUAAAGAAUGCCCGCAGAUAUUUAGUGACGAGAAAUGGUCUAAUGCGAUUUGGAAAACUGCUCCAAUUCUCAAUCAAAUAUCUGGUGGUUCACGGUUAAAUAACGAACGACGAAUACAACGGUUGAGACAAAAUUUGCUCAACGCUUUUGAUUCUCUUCAAACAUUGAUUAGCCGUCAGCCCAUCUGUAAAUCAAUUUUUGCCAUUGAAGCUUAUCUAUUAGCUGUAAAAUCAAAUAGCAAUACUUCCCCACCGCCAUUGAUUCAAUUUGAUAUUGAAGAUACGCUCAAAACAUUAUUUGAUGGAUUAUCCGAUCAAACUGAUAAUUUGCAGCGUGUGACGCCCGUCACUUACCUUCAAAACGAGAAGAUGAAAUGUGAAAAAGAAUUGGCUCAACUCUGGAAUGACUCGCCGGGAGAUUUACCGGCGAAACUGGAGCAAAUUAAAAAGCAAUAUGAAGAGAUCGAUCGCAUUCCUGAGUAUUCAGCAUUCUUUAUCGAUUUACUCAUAAGACGCACAUAUGUUGAACUUUUGAUUACGGAAAAAUAUUUGGAGCAGUGGCGGAUGAAAUACGAACCGACUUUGUCUACUCAGUUGACACGGGCAAAAAACGAUGCUAUGACUUGGACAUCUCGAAUGAAAAGUUUCGAAGAAGAAUAUCAACAACACAUGAAAAACGAAAAUCAACCGGAAGUUGAAAACGCCGCUAAUCAAAUGCAGGCAAUUAGAGGCGAAUGCAAAGCCUCACAAGAUCUUCUCAAUAAAAUUGAAAAACAAUUAUUUAAUAUUGAUUUGACUAUCGGUCUAUUUUGUGAUGAGAUUUAUGCAUUGUAUGAAUUACUACCGAAACUCUUUGAAAUGAACAAUUCGGCUGAUUUACUGGCGAAAAAAUUAUCUCAACUUAUGUAUAAAGGUUUCUCUUUUCAUAUUCUACGUGGACGCCCGUUACGAUGUAACAGUAAAUUGAUACAAACAUGCUUAAAAUAUUUACAUGAAUCCAACAACGAGUCACCUCUCGUACUGACAGUGAUUGGUGAACAAUCUUCUGCAAAAUCUUCUUUAUUGAAUGCUACUUUUGGUUGUAAUUUUCGUGUCAGUGCUGGAAGAUGUACUAUUGGUAUGUACAUGAGUGUCGUUCGUUGGCGUUCUCGUACAAUUGUGAUCUUCGAUACCGAAGGACUCAUGUCACUCGAAGAAUCUGGUUCAAUCUUUGACAAUCAGAUGGUUUCUAUGGCGAUGUUGUCUUCGCAUCUUGUGUUGAUUAAUCAUAAAGGAGAAUUCAGUUCUAAUCUUGAACAUUUGAUUGGAAUGAGCUUUUAUGCAAAAUUACAAAUUCGUUCACCACUUCGGCCGAAACUGCUGUUCGUUCUUCGUGAUCAAUCGGAUACUGGAGCAACGGAAAUAUUCUUUCAACAACUCGCUAAAUUUAAGGAGAAUCUUUACAAUGAUAGUAAAUUUCUCAAAUCGUCGAUUGACGACGAACUGGAAAUCAAUGAGCAACAUGUGAUUUUACUCACAAAUGCUUUUUCCAAUGAUUUUCAUCCUAUUCUUGGAGUCGAACAAACUUGGAGAAAUAAUUUAUUUCCAAGAAAGAUAAAUGCUCUUCGAACUAUGGUUUUCAACACUCUCACUGAAUCGAUUACUGAAACUUAUGUUGACAUACCACAAUUAUAUCAAAAGGUUGCCUCUAAUUGGGACGCUAUCGAUAAACUUGGUCCUCAUUUAUUGUCAUGCAAGACUCUCUACGAACUUUCUAUAAUGAAUGAAUUACGAGAUUUCGCACGUGAAAUUAUUGAAGAAAGUAUUACAGCUAUAAAUAAUGAAGGACGACAACAUAUCGAUCGCAUCUUAGCGGAUAUUAAUCAUGAAAAUUUUGGAAAUUUUAAAGAAGAUAAUCUGAUGAAUCUGUUUUCAUCAGCGAUACAAGCCACUCACAAGAAGAUUCUUGACAAAGCCAUUGCUGAUUAUCAGUCGAAAACUGAACGAAGCUGUUUUCCAUUAGAAAUUCGAUACAAAGUCGAAAAAACGAUUGAACAACCAAUUUUAAAUAUGCAAAGUAUGUUAAAAGAAGACUUUGAUGAACGCUAUCGCAAAGCGUAUCGUGAUGCACGGGUUUCAAGCGCACAGCAUCGUCUCAUUGAAACGGUUCAACAAGAAUUCGAUAGAAACACAAAACUCGGCGUCGAUCAACUGCAAGUUCAAGUGGAAACUGUUUAUAAAAAUCAACUGGAAAUAUGUAGGCAGACUCUUCGACGAGAUGUUGAAACAGAGGAUCAAAUAAUAUCAAAGAUUCUCAAGUUCUACAACUCAGCCUUGCAAUCAAAAACAGCAAACACAUCAAAACAAAGUAUUUAUAAUUUAUUGCAUCCAUUGAAUGCCAGUCAGUUUCGAGAAUCGUGUCAUCAUUUCAUUAACUUGUGGAAGCAAGUGACAAAUUAUGGAGCAUCGCAGGAAGCAAAUAUUUCCCUCUGGCAACAUAUAAUGAAGUUUGUCGAAAAUCGUUUCUUAGGUGAUAGAAAUGACGAUUUACUAAGGAGCUUUCACAACAGAUUGCAACAUUGGUUUCAGGACGAUCGAGCGUUUCAUAAGGAUAAAAAGUUACUCAUACAAAUUGUAGAAAAUCUUUUACCACAGUUACAAGACGAUGUGGCCAAGCUUAUGAACGAACAUUUUUCUUCAUCUUCGCUGAAUCCGAGAAUUAUUGGUUUUGUAUUUACAUACAUUGAAAACGUAUUCAAUCAUGAUUGUAUCAGAUCUAAUCAAAAUCGUAUCGCAUUACACUCCUUCCUCUCGGAUGUUGCCAUUAUUGCACUCGAAGUUUUAGUUGAAGAAUCUUUAAAAAGUGAAAAACGACGUCACGAAAAAGACAUGGAAAACUGUGAGAAAGAGAUGAUCGAAUGGAAAGAACGUAUUUCGAUGCAGAUUCAACAUAUGCAUAAUUCACAUGAACAAGGUCAAAAUAUGGCCGAAAUUGUUAGUGAAGAAAUAUUCAAAGAGGUUGGACGAAUCUUACUCGAUCAAAUCUUACAUGAAAUGACGGAAGAUAUUGCAAAAAGUCAAUUCAUCAAUCAUGAAGCUGUCCAAAAACAAGCUUAUGAAGAAAGCUUUGGCCUAGGAAAUGGUGAGAAAAUUCUGAAAUACGUUUUAAAUGUCAAUCGGUAUUUUCGAGAGUUGAGUCUACGUGAAAUUAACACGAAAGUGGAAGCGAUUCUCCAUAUGCACACCAUGAAUGCUGAAGGAAUCAUUCUGAAAGUAAUUCAUAAAGCGAAUGACAUCGCCCAAAACAGUACACUUACCAAUACUCAGCUGAUCGCUAAUGAUAUUGAAAGGGCUGUAUGUGACAUGGACAUAUCGUCGUUGAAUCUUGAUAAAAAAUUUGCAAUAGUUGGAGUUAUGUCAGUGACUAUUGAAGACCUUCCAAACUUUCAGCAAGGAUUCAAAAAUAUAUUGAAUAGUAUCAAUAGUAUACAGGAGAAGGUGAUCAGUUUAACAAAAGAUGUGAAAAUGAAAGCGUAUGCGGGAUGUAAAGAACGAAUCUCACGGCGUCUUGGGUGUCAAAGCCGUUGUCCCGGUUGUGGUUCAAAAUGCAGCCGACCGGAACCACACGAAGAAGAAAUGUAUGAGCCGUGGUUUGUAUGCCAAUGCGCCCCAAACAAUUGCACAUGUGAGCGACCUGAACCUAAACUUUUGAAGAAACAUGCGACUUCUCAUCACAUCGCUCAAGCUUUUUUUGGUAGAAAAUACUAUAAAAUACAUACGCCAGUUCUCGAACUUUGUUAUCAACGUUGGAAAAGUGGUGGGAUGUUUGUUGGUGAUAUUGAGAUUGCACCACUACAAAAAUUUUACGACCAAUAUCAUCCAGAUUGGUGUGAUAAUUUGCGUCAUCUAUCGACUGAAGGAACCGCGUGUAAUGAGAGCAUCCCUCCAGUCGAACAACGUCGUGCUUGGAUGAUUGUUCGUCAUGUUCUUGUUCCACAUUACGCGCGUUAUGGUAUGGUUGAAGAAGAAAAUUACAACAAGAAGUUUUACCCAUCGAACGUUGACUCACUACUUCCUGACUUCAAACCAAAUUGGAACGAUACAACUGAGGAUCCGGUUGCAGACGACUAUGCUUGA